GUGACCGCUGGGUGCCGCCUGUGGGUGAAAACACGGAAGAGUUCAUUCAAGGAAUUUAGUAUGAGAGCUGUAGGAGCGCGUUUCGACUCACUCUCAGAACAAGCCAUCGGCACAGGCAAAGAAGGUCCCAUGAAACCGAACGGAUCAAACAAAUUGCUGUUCCGCCGCGGCUAAAAGCUGAGAUGUACGGAAACGGCAAACUUUAUGGAAUUAUCCUGAUUUAUUCCUCACUUUCCAGGAUUGUAUGUGGCGAGAAAUCGGAUAACGCCUGUGGUCACACUAUCCAAGGGCCGGACAGUGGGAUCCUCUCGUCCCAGAACUACCCAGGCACCUACCCCAACAACUCCCUCUGUGAGUGGAGGAUCAGCGUGCCCAAGGGCAACAGCAUCACCAUCAAAUUUGCAGAUCUCAGCAUCGAGUCCCGGGACUGUGACUCCGACUACGUCCGGAUACUGCAGGGCUCCGGUAGGGGCGAGCAAGUUCUUGCCCUAGUGUUGGGUCCAUUUUGCGGUGACCUGAAAUCGGCCCCCUCACUGCUGAAGUCCCUCCACGUGGAGGCUAGUGAGAUCCGGGUGCAGUUCCGCAGUGGACAGCACAUCUCAGGCCGAGGAUUCCUGCUGUCCUACGCCACAGGGAACCGCAAAGAUCUGCUUACAUGUCUGGACAAAGGCAACCAUUUCUCAGACGCUAAGUACAGCAAGUAUUGUCCAGCUGGAUGCAGAGCUGUGGAUGGUGACGUGUCUGGGGACAUCUCGCAGGGCUACAGACAUACAUCGGUGCUCUGUAAAGCAGCCGUCCAUGCUGGGGUCAUCUCGAAUGAACUCGGAGGGGACAUCGUUGUGGAGGAGCAGAGUGGCAGGAGCCACUACCCAGCGGUCUGGGCCAACGGGAUCCUGUCCCAAGACGGCUCUUUGUCUGAGAAACUCUUCACGUUCGUCACCAAUGACUGUAAGAAGAGGCAGGUGGUUCUGCAGCCGGUGGCGCUGAAUGCCAGCUCUGGGCAGAGGAGUGGUGGUGUUGGGGACGGGCCGCCAGCUCACUGGUCCCCCAACGACACAGACCCUGCUGCCUCUAGUGCGCUGUGGACCCCUGACAGUAGCCACACUGGCCAACCGUGGCUACAGCUGGACCUGGGGGAGAAGAGGAGGAUCACAGGAAUCCUAACGGCAGGUUCCCCCUCCGCCGACCACUAUGUGAGAAGCUACAAGGUGGAGUACAAGGAGAGGAACCGCUGGAAGGCGUACACGCAGAACAGCAGCUCUGAGCCCACGGUGUUGGAGGGGAACGUGGACAGCCACCAGCAGACGCGGAGCACCCUCCAGCCAUCCAUCGUGGCACGCCACGUGCGCCUGCUGCCCCAGGCCUGGAACCAGCGCGUGGCCAUGAGGGUGGAGCUGCUGGGAUGCCCAUAUGUGAAGAGCCCUCCUGCUGUGACGGUCAUCGUGUCGGAGAACACAGUGAACUCAUCCUCUCAGGUCACCCUGGAGACGCUGGACACCAAACCCAAACCUGCAGGGGAAGAAGACCGCAACACUGAACAUCAGCCCAUCGACACCUCUCCUCUGAUCGACCUUGUGCGGUUGGUGAUCAUCAUCGUGGCGGUAGCCGUGCUGGUCCUGAUGCUGCCGCUGUGUGUCUGUGUGUACAAGGCCCUGCACAAGAGGAAGAGCAAGGAGAGUGGCUAUGGAUCCUCUGAAGCACAACAUACAGGCUGCUGGAAGCAGAUCAAGCAGCCGUUUGCACGGCACCAGUCCACUGAGUUCACCAUCAGCUACAGUUCGGAGAAGGAGCCCAUCCAGAAGCUGGACCUGGUCACCAGCGCCAUGGCAGCGGAGUAUCAGCAGCCCCUGAUGAUCGGCACGGGCACCGUCAGCAGGAAAGGCUCCACCUUCAGGCCCAUGGACACAGACGCCAAAGAAGACGGCAGUGACGGGCCCUCGCACUACGACUUCCUGAAGACCGCCAACCAGUACGCCCUCCCCCUGACCAAUCAGGAGCCGGAGUACGCCACGCCAAUCAUCGAGAGACACGCCUUCCGCAAGGAGGCCUUUGUGCCUGACCCCAGCUACAGUGUGCCGGGGGCGGUGCUCAGCAACACCCCGUCCUUCAAGGCCACGGAGAACGGGGUGUGCCGCAACAAGGGCGGGGCAGCUCACGUGGGGGGCUACCAGACCCCCCAGGCCAAAGUGGACCGGCCCAACCACUCGGAGGGGGUCUACGACAGCCCCAAAGUCCGGCGGCCCGCGGCGCUCUGUGCGGCGGCCAUCUCGAACUACCAGAGGCCACAGGCCAAGGCCUCAGUGCUGGAGUGCUACUCCACCCCACGCGACUGUGUCCGACUGGGGCCGCCCUCCCCGCACCGGCCCGACCCCGAAGGCAGCUCGGACCCCCCCACGCAGAGCGGAACCUAACUGUGACCUCCCUGUGGACUGCUUUCACACUGACCUCAGCAAAGCCCUCCUACUAAGUUAUUUACCAUUUUUCUGUUGUUGACAUUGUUGUUUUUGGGGUGAGGUGCUCUGAUAGUUUGAAUAUGUUCUUGCCCCAUCUUGGGACUCUAAGGACUGGCCUCUUGGAUGCCUUGCAGGUUUUUCAAAUCUGUCAUGACAUCUGAAAUUCUGUAUAUAAGUUUUAUUCCUUCAGACUAAAGGUUGAACAUCUCAAAUGUUUUUUGAAUGUUUUAUAUCUCUGUAUGGGGCAUGGUGACAUUUAUUUAAUGCUUACUUUCAGGAGCAGAGGAAAUUGUCUUAAUAUUUGUUGUGAUCUUACACUAAGAUGUCCAAAAGCGUUCCCUUCUUCUCAAGAGAAACUGUGACUUUGUGUCUGUUUGUGGCUGUUGUAUUUUUUUUUCUCCCAGCCUGUUUAGAAUGUGACCAGUCAUCACCCUGAUCUACGGGUGUAAAAAUAUCUGCAUCACUCAGGAGCAAGGCUGGAGGGCUGUACCCUAGCCGGGUCAGAAGGUGUGUGUGUGUGUGUGUGUGUGUGUGUGUGUGUGUGUGUGUGUGUGUGUGUCGCUUUGUGAGCUGGUUGAUUUGUGAGUCCUGAGCGAGCUUUGCUGGGGGCAGAUUUAUGUGGUGCUGUGGUCUUUUAACAGAGCACGCACAUGUAGCCAGUGCUCUUGUUUUGAGGAAGACUUAUGAGCGUCCCUCCCCUUGUGCAGACACACACACUGAGGUCGCUCUGACAAAAGUGUGUUUGUGUGUGUUUGUAGGAUCAUCACUCCUCUGCCUCAAUGCCAGUUUUGUCAGGCAUCAUUAGGCAGUUCCAGAGCUGCACGCAAUGACUGAGUGUGUCUGUAUUUGUGUGUGUGUGUGUGGUCAAAGGAAAUGUGCCUACAAUGGGUCAGCUAGACCACACACACACACACACACAUACUUAACCCAGUUUGUUCUUCUGGUUUAUUCAGUAUGUGCUUUAUUUGUAAUGUGUGAAUUGAACUAAGCCAUGAUGAAUGGCUCUUCACAAGGAGUUUGAUCUCAAAAAAGAAAUGCUGUCCUGUUAUGUUUUUACACACCUGUCAACCUGGUGAAGCUGCUUUUGUGUGUGUGUCUGGGUUGAGCAAGAAGACCGAGGUGAACUUGUGUGUGUGUGUGUGUGUGUGUGUGUGUGUGUGUGUGUGUGUGUGUGAAGAACAGGCUUUGGGAUGACUUUAUGGCUUAAUUUCUGUGAAAUGCUGGGAGAAAUGUGAUGAGGGUCAUAAAAGAGUCAACUACUUCCA